CCUUCCCACAUGCUCAAACCCGUUGAUCUCCCAUCCAGAUCAAAUCAACGUUCCUGCCUCGCGCUGUUCCUCCUCACACUGGGGCUUCCCAGCUGAGCGCUGAGCGGUGGGACGCGGAUCCUCCGCCGUAUCCACUUCGUGCCUUGCAUUUCCGAGUCUCCGGAAACGGAACCGGAGACGGAAACGGAAAUAACGGUGACGUAGUUCACCGAUCGCGAACGUAUUCACGCGCUGAACAACAGCAGCAUCAGCAGCAGCAGCAGAAGCAGCAGCAGCACAAGCAGAAGGAAGAGGAGCAGAAGGCGGUAUGGGGGUGGUGGAAGAGGAGCGGUCAGAUGACUCCCACGCGCGAGACGACGGCAAUGGAGGGGAAUCGACGGAAUCAACGCUGCGAGGAGAGCGAGGAGAAGAAACGGGUAAAGGGGAAGCGCAAGGAGCAAUAGACGCGGGAGCAGACGAGGCGGGCGGGAGCGCAGAGGAACGAGCGGAGAAAGCCGCGGAGAGUGAGGGACGACCCGCGGACGAGCAAUCCGCGGAAGUCGCGGGUGAUUCGCAAGCGAGUGAGGGGAAGGGGAAUGAGGGGAAGGGGGAUGAGGGGGGCAGUGGCGCGGAGGGAUCUGAUGGCGGAAACCAGGUGGAGAACGGGGGAGAGGGGGAAGGGCUGGAGGGCCGCGGGGAAGACGCGGAAGAGGCUGCUGCGCCUGCUGCCGACGUCACGGGUGGUGAUGAUGCUGCGGGGGAGGCGGAGGAGGUGGUGGUGGUGGGAGUGGUUGUGGGGGAAGCGGAGGGUGCGGAUGAGGAGGCGGAUCGGGAAGGGGAGGGGGGUGAGGGGGAGGAGAGGCGGGAGGAGCAGGCGGAAGAGCGGGAUGAAGAGGCGGAGGAGGAGGACGAGGAAGGAGAGGAGGGCGAGGGGGAGGAUGAGGACGAGGAUGAGGAUGAGGAUGAAGGGGAGGGGGAGGGGGAGGGGGAGGAGGGGGAGGAAGGAUCGGAAGGAGCGGGCGCGCGGGGCCGCCGGGUCCCUCCGCGCAUGAGCCGCGAGGCGCGGAGCAUCUACGAGCGGAUCCGCGCGCGCCAGUGCCGCGUUGCGCGCGUGGUGAUGGCGGGGAACAAGCGCACGAAAGCCGCCAUUAUCUCCCGCAUCAUGGCGGGCGCGCUGGCGCAAUCGGCGGAAGCGGGAGCGGAAUCGGGCGGAAGCUUCGAGGAGCUGCAGGCGGCGCUGCUGCGCGCCAACAGGGCGCUGCGAGCGCUGGGGGUGUUCGAGGAUGUGACUACAGUGGUGGACGCGCUGCCCGGGGACCCGCCUGGCACUGCAACGGUGGUGAUUAACGUGAAGGAAGAUAGCGUGCUUGCAGCUAAUGUCGGCACGUACCUUCAG